AUGGGAAUGUCCUCGGUGUUUCUCUACUUGAGCUGCCUCUGCCUGUUCUUCAUGGGACAGAAGGACCGCUCCCGGUCCUACAACAUGAUCGCGUGCUUGGUGACCUUCAUCGCGGGCUCCGCCUACUUGGGCAUGUCCUCGGGACUCUUUGUGCACGUGGUGGAUGGCAGGCACGUCUACUGCCUUCGGUAUGUGGACUGGUGCUUCACAACGGCCUUGAUGCUCUUGGACCUGGCGCUUAUGCGAGGUGCCGACAUGAAGGCGACAGCUGCAUUGAUCGGCAUCGACGUUGCCAUGAUUCUGAUGGCACUGAUGGCCGCUCUCAGCACAUCAAGCGCAGGAAAGUGGGGCUUCUUUGGCAUGGGCGCCGUCUGCUUCGCGGGGAUGGUGGCCUUUCUGUUCACCGCGCUCCAGCGCGCGGCUGAGAAGCGAGGUGGAGAGGCGGAGGGGAAGUUCAAGUUUGUGGCCUCCCGGACCAUUGAGAUUUGGUGUCUCUAUCCCGUGAUUUUUGCCCUGGGCGAGCUGACCCAUACUAUUCCUGAAGAGCUCCUUGUCGGCAUUUGGACGUGGGUCGGGGAUACCGAUGAUGAUCUGGAUCUGGUCAAUCUUCGAAACCAAGGCUGUGGUGUACUUCUGCAGUCGAUGAUUUCGGUUCAGAACACCGGCGACCAGGGGCCUUCGCUGGAGGAAGAGACCGAUCCCGACACGCCGCAGCCUCGUCUCCUGAAGGCAGCAGGCAGCGUGGCCGAGGCCAAGCCGGAGCGCCUUUGCAACAGGAGGCCAAAGUACAUGUUCUGCGGGGGCUUGCCGACCGUGUCGUCCUGCCGCUCAGUGCUGCCAGCUUGUGGCCGUUUUCGAGGACCACGCAUUCCGCCUCGAGGUGCUCGCAUUCCUGCUCUUGCGUCUAUCGGAGCCGCCGAACAUGUACCCCAGCUGCUUCCAGCUGCAUCAACACUCGUUUGGGGUCCAUCAAGAAUGGAGUGGCCGCCCCCCUCCAAAAUGAGGUCGGAGACGCACCCGUUGCACGUGGUCUCUGCUCAGAUGUUCGACACCACCAUUCCGGAGGACCGCCUGGCGGCCUGCUUGACGGUGCGGGUGAACCUCAAGGAGCCCGCGGGCCGCUUGAGGAACCUGCGCCCAGGCUCGUGUUCGUGGACAAGACGGAGUUCGCAUUUGACCGAGGGGUGGGGACUCAGCCGCCAGCAGGAUAA